CGGGGGAAGCUGCGCGUGAGUCGUCAGGGUCGCGCGGAGACGGGCCGGCAGCUCAGCGCGUCAUCACUGAGCGUGAGGCCGGGCGGCGAGGGCGUACUACACGAAGACAGCAUUCCAUCGAAGCACGGUGCUUGGUGAAAUUUCUGAACCUAUGUACUCCUCCUAAACAAGUGAACAGUUGCCAGGGUGAUCAAGCAAGCCCACAGACCUGCAUACAAUCAAUCAUGAGACUCAGAAGGAAACCAAGCCUUUUAACAUACUACACAUUAGUGUCUUUAUUUCUUUUGACACUUGAGCUUCUCAGUGGAACACCAAGUGAAGAAGAGUUGGUGGUCACAACUACUCGAGGAAAAGUGAAAGGAAUUCCAAUAAAUGUACUUUCGGGUACAGUCACUGCUUUUCUGGGCAUACCAUAUGCAGAACCACCUAUUGCUGAACUUCGAUUUAAGAAACCGGAACCUCGACGUCCCUGGUCUGGGUUGUGGAUUGCAAACAAAUAUCCAAACACAUGUUACCAGUAUAUAAACAUCUCUUCCUCUGGUUACUCUUGGGAGGAAAUGUGGAAUCCUAACACAAAACUUAGUGAGGAUUGUCUGUAUGUUAAUGUGUGGGUUCCAUCACCAAGACCAAACAAUGUCGCUGUUAUGGUAUGGAUUUUUGGUGGAGGCUUUGCUUCAGGCACCUCUUCCCUGGCAGUUUAUGAUGGGAGAUAUCUAUCUUACGUUGAAAAUGUAAUUGUAGUCUCUAUGAACUAUAGGUUAGGUGCUUUAGGUUUCUUAGCUUUACCUCGUAGCCACAAUGUUCCUGGGAAUAUGGGAUUAUUUGACCAACGUUUAGCACUUGAGUGGGUUCAAGAAAAUAUAGUUGCAUUUGGAGGAAAUCCCAAAAGUGUGACGUUGUUUGGAGAGAGCGCUGGAGCCGCUUCAGUUCAUCUGCAUAUCCUUUCACCUAAAAGCCAUUCUCUGUUUACGAGAGCAAUAAUGCAAAGUGGUUCCUCGAAUGCUCCUUGGGCUGUCUUAAGAGAUGCUGAGGCAAAACGUAGGGCUACAGUUUUGGCCAGCCGCCUUGAAUGUCCUUACAGUAAUGAAACAGAGUUAGUGAGUUGUCUUCGUGGUAAACAUCCCCAAGAGAUAGUAGAGAAGAGUAUCGCAAUCUUAACAGAUAACCUUCUGGCUGGAUGUGUUUUUUUACCUGUAGUUGAUGGUGAUUUUCUCACUGGACUGCCAGAAGAAUUAAUUCAAAUGGGAAACUUUAAACAAAUCCAAAUCUUAACAGGUGUGAACAAACAUGAGGGGAGCUUCUUUUUGGUGUAUGAGGUUCCUGGUUUUAAGAAAGAUACAGAAAGUCUCAUUACUCGUGAAGAAUUCCUGCAUGGUGCAAGGAUGUCUUUUCCUGAAGCUGGUGAUAUUGGACUAGAGGCUGUUAUUUUCCAAUAUACAGAUUGGACAGAUGAGAACAAUGCAACAAAGAAUCGUGAUGCUUUAGUUGAUCUGGCUGGAGACUACAAUUUUGUAUGCCCACUGAUGGAUUUUGCUAAUAAGUUUACUGAAUGUGGAAAUACUGUCUACAUUUAUUUGUUUGACCAUCAUGCUUCAAAUGCAGAUUGGCCUGGGUGGAUGGGAGUUAUGCAUGGCUACGAGAUUGAAUUUGUAUUUGGAAUUCCUCUUGCUGAAAGGCUCAAUUACACUACAGCAGAGCAGACUCUCAGCAGAAAAAUGAUGCAUUACUGGGCAAAUUUUGCCAAAACUGGUAACCCAAAUGAACUCAAAAUGCAAGGAAUGAAGUGGCCUGAAUAUACACAAUUAGAACAGCAAUACAUAACUUUAAACACUGAAACACCAAGAAUUUAUAUGAAACACCGUGCUCAGCAGUGUGCCUUUUGGAAUCAAUUUCUUCCUAAACUACUUCAAAGAACAGCAUACAUGGAUGAAGCAGACCAACAGUGGAAGCAGGAAUUCCAUCGAUGGAACUCUUACAUGUCCGAUUGGAAAAGUAAAUUCAAUGCUUAUAACAGCAAAAAAGAUAGUUGUACUAGUGUUUAAACAGUUUCCCUCUGCAAAAUCACUUGUGACAAACAGAAAUAGUUCUGUUUGCCUGAACGCUUGCUAAGUCUUCAACGGUAAAAUAGUCUUAAGUUAUUAACUCCCUAAGUGCAAAACAUGUUAUACACUAUCUGUAUAGUAAUUAAUAUAUCCACAUUUAUAAGACGUUUCAUUGCAAGGACCCUGCUAUCACUUCGAAGACUACUGCAAAGAUUUUUUCGUGACCUUACUGUUUUCUGAAUUCAUCCAUUAUUCUCUCUAGCAGUUUUCUGCUUUUGGUUUUGUCCCAUUCCCUGGCUUUAAUUUGAAUGAGCAUGCGUUUACUUUUCAAUUUGAAUAUUUCACCUCAUUUUUGUAUCUCCAAUAUGAUGCUGUAUUUUUACUUUACCUGAAUUGUACCUGUCGUUUUUUCUUUUAUUAGCUGUUAUUUUCACAAAGUAAUUUAAAUAAUAACAGGAAGAGCAAUUAAUAAAGUUCCAAAUCAGAAUUUGUCAAAAUAACCAUACAGCUAGCACACUUGCUGCCAUGCACUAACAAUGCCAUAGCUUCAGGUGUGGACUGCUAAAUAUGAAUAGUACAUCACUGCAAAGGAUCAAGUGGGGUGAAGUUGCAGUGUUUGUAUGAGAGAGACAAACUAAAUGUGCCGCGGAGAGUUAGAGUUGGUGUGAAGUGACACCAAGCUGCUUCUUUUAGACCCAGAAAACAUCCGUGUAUAUCCUAUUGGCUAUUGGGCAUUCUUCUAACAUCAUGCCAAUUGUGAAUUACUACCAGUGAACUUUUCUUGUGAAAACUCUCAAGUGUGAAACCUAAUUUCUUCAGAUUUCAACAAUUGAUGAUUUUUAAAAUGUUUAGUUCACCUUCUUGUCUCCUUUUUGUUGCCCAGUCUUUCUUUGUUUCUCUUACUUUUCUGUUGAUUUGAUAUUGAAUUCAGCCGUUCAAAUUUAUAUUGAUUAGUCUGUCUUUGUACUGUUAAUUUGUAUGUUUUUACAUCUGAUUAGUAAGGGAGAUGCUGUUGACAGUAGCUAACCCUGUUCACUUCUCCAAGCAUACUGGCCACUGAGGAGCAUUCCUAAUGUGGUUCAACAGGCUGAUAAUCAUCCUAUUAAUCAUUCCAAAGCUUUCCUACUACUUAUUAAAAUAAGAAAAGUGUGUUAAGGACAAAACUAACGAACUUUGAUUCCAGAUGCCCAGAUUGACACCAUUAGCAUAUCUUUCAGUCUGUACCUCAGCAACCUUUCAAACAAAACCUUGUUGAAAUGGGCAUCAAAUCUAACUAAUGGCAAACACCCCUGAAGUCAGCUCUAUGGCAUAUUAAUAUCUGUUUUUAUUCAGCAUACCUGUAAGUUUAUGCAGGUAUAAAUUUCUGAAUGCUAGACUGGUAGUCUGUUCAUAACUUAUAUUUACACAGAUUAUUACUUAAAAUUACCAUAGUUUUUUUGUGCUGGGGGAGAGGAAGAUAAGGGGAGCGUCAUGCGAGGGGGAGAGACACAAGCAAGAGGAUUAGUAAGCGCGUGAAGGAUAGUAAACCGGUGAGAAAAGGUGUGCUAGUCUAACACAGUACAUAAGAAAGAGGGACGAAGAAUGUGUGCACAUGUAUGAGCAUGAUGGACAGAAAAUAUAGACAAUUGACAAUAGACAAUAGGUGCUGGAGUAGGCCAUUUGGCCCUUCAAGCCAGCACCACCAUUCAUUAUGAUCAUGGCUGAUCAUCCACAAUCAGUAUCCUGUUCCUGCCUUAUCCCCAUAACCCUUGAUUCCACUAUCUUUAAGAGCGCUAUACAUCUCUUUCUUGAAAGUAUCCAGAGAGUUGGCCUCCAUUGCCUUCUGGGGCAGAGCAUUCCAUAUAUCCACCACUCUGUGGGUGAAGAAAUUUUUCCUCAACUCUGUUCUAAAUGGCUUACCCCUUAUUUUUAAUCUGUGUCCUGUGGUUCUGGACUCACCCAUCAGCGUAAACAUGCUUCCUGCCUCCAGAGUGUUCAAUCCCUUAAUAAUCUUAUGUCUCAAUCAGAUCCCCUCUCAUCCUUCUAAACUCCAGUGUAUACAAGCCCAGUCUUUCAACAUAUAAUAGUCCCGCCAUUCUGGGAACAUAAGUGCUUGUGAGAUUGUGUGGGAAAGUGUGUGAGUGACUGUGACAGCGUAAGGGAGAGAGAAAUUGUACAUGUGAGUGAGGUCGAGGGAGAGAGAUUACGUGUACAUAUGAGGAACAAAGCAUGUGUGCCCGAGGGACAGUGAGUGAGUUAGCAUGUGGGAGAGGUUGACAGAGUGAGCAUUUGAAAGGAAGGGUGAGAGGGAAUGUAUGUGCCGAAAACAAUGGGCUUGAUAGAGUGGAUAGGAAGAAACUGUUCCUGCUCAGAAAAGGAUCAAGAACCAGAGGAUACCAAUUUAAAAGGGUUUUCAAAAGGUGCAAAUUUGAUGCAAGAAAAAUCUUUUUCACACAGAUUAGUUAUGGUUGUGGACUGCUGGGAACUGUGAUGGAGGCAGGCUCAAGUGAGGCAUUCAAGAUGGCAUUGAAUGAUUAUUUCUAUUUAAAUAAUGUCCAGAGGUAUGUGUAACAAGCAAGAAAUUGGCAGUAGGUACUGAUGCUCAUUUGAAGUACUAGUGAUAUAUCAUGGGCCAAGUGGCCUCUUUCUGCAACAUAGUGCUCCUAUGAUUCUGUGAUUGUGUAUACGUAAGGGAGAGAAAGUGUGUGUGUGUAUGUGUGUGUGUGUGUGUGUGUGUGUGUUUUUUUGUCCGAGAUUGGGAGAAUGAGUGUGUCCAUUUAUGGAAAAGUGAGGGAGGUCAUACAAGUUUGCAAUAGGAUGUGAGAGUGCAGGGUGGAUAUGUGGACGGCAUGGUGUCUCAGUGGUUGGCCCUGCUGCCUCACAGCACCAGGUCCCAGGUUCAAUUCCAGCCUCAGGCAAUUGUCUGGAAUUUGCACAUUCUGCUCGUGUCAGCACAGGUUUCCUCUGGGUGCUCUCUCAGACCAAAGAUAUGCAGGUCAGGUGGAUAGACCAGGCUAAAUUGCCCAGUGUACAGGAAUGUGCAGACUAGCUGGAUUAGCCACUAGAAUGCAGGGUUACAGGGAUUGGAUAGGGAGCGUGGGCCUGUGUAGAUUGUUCACUGGAGAGGAGUGUGAACUCAGUAGACUGAAUGGCCUGCUUCCACACAGUAGAGAUUCUAUGACUCCAAAAGGAAUGAAGCAUGGAUGUGCAAAGGAAAGAAGGAGUGAAAGGAAGGAAGGGACAUUCUGAGGGAGUGUGAGCAUGAGGGAAGCUAUGUCAGUGUUGGAUGAAAGUUGAAGGAUGGAGGGUGUGUGAUGGAAUGAGAGUGUAUAAGUGAGGAUGUGUGUGUGCAAGUGUGAAAGAGCGAGGGCAGUUAAAAAUGCAAGUGAAUGGAGAAGGCAGGGAGAAUGUAAGAGUGUGAGCUGGAUGGAAUGUGUGUGUAGACUUUCCCUCUUUCUCCUCCUCCUUCCCAAAUAUCUAUCUGCAAGGCAGGAUGGGAGAGGAGGCAAACCUGAAAUGCAACCCCGUUCAGACUUUCACUUUCUAUGAAUUCUGUCAAGGAUCACUAAGUGUGUCUGCCAUCAGCGACGGAUGCAAAAUCCAUGUUAGUUAAACCCAGCAAUAGCUCAGCCCUGAUCCGCAUCCACUUCUAUGGUAUUUGGUGCUUGAGAUCCAGUCUGUCUCUUUUUAUCUCUAUAUCUUAACCAAAACAGCAAAAAUAAAAUUUCAUUAGUUAAUAUCUUGGCAAUUCUUAAUGCUAAAUCUUUAAUUAUUCAUUUAUAUAGAUGAUUAAUUAAUUACUCAUUUAUAUAGAUAAUUGAUUUACAUACAAACACAUCAUUUAGGAUCAGAAGUAGGCCACUUGGCCCCUUCAACCUUCUCAUUUUCACCUCAUUUUUCAAUUCUCACUGA